AUUAAAUUAAAGUUAAAAAUUAAAAAACUAAUCGCUCAAGAACUUAACAUCCCUGCAUUGAACGAUGUGCAGUGUUGUGAAGUAAGUUGCAGCUGUGAGUUCGAUCUGCAUAGAUAUCGAUGCUCACAUGUAUCGAUAAGACAUCAACAACUCUACUGUAAAACGGAAUAUAAAACACACACAAAAAAGUUUGCGGAAAAAGAAAAAGUGCAUUUGGCCUGACUGCUGACAGUAAAAAUAAUAUUACACGGCGGUCACAUAAAGUUGCAAUGUGUGCGAUACAGUGUAAAAAACAUAAAAACAUGCGCUACUGCGUAUGACGAUGGAAUUUUAAUUUGCAACAAAACAACUAAAUAAUAAUCGUAGUCUGUUUUUCACGCGCUCGUAGUGUGUGUUUACGUGCGUGUGUUUCGCCUGCCUUAGUGUAAUUUACUAAAAGUACUCCAGCAAACCAACCGAUAUAUUCGUGAGGCAACAACAAAAAGCCUGAUAUAUAUACUACUACCUAUAAAUGAUGAUGGUUCGUAGACGAGCUCGGCCCGCCAAAGAGCAGCCCGCCUUAAUGGUGGUAACCUCGAGUGGCCAUGUUGCAGCUGUUGACAACGAGAUGGCGGCGGCGUUGCCAUUCAACAAUGUUUCUGCUGCUGCAGCUGCAGCGGCGGCUGCCACAAAUCUGCUGGAUGAUCAAUAUUUUGCGAGCCCAAAGCGAAAAGACUGCCGCCUCAUGAAAACAAAUGAAAAUCUCAAGGCGCUGAAUAAUAAUAAUACUGCACAUAUUUACAACAACAAAGACAACAAAGCAAACACAUCAACAACAACAAAGCCAGACACUGGCCGCGCAAUAGGCGUACCACUUGCAACACGCUCACAGACACGCACCAUUGAAAACUUUUUCCGUGCGAAUGCUGCCAAGAAAAUGACCACAAUUCUAACACUACCAACAGCAACAACAACAACGGCAAACGCAGAGCAAAAGACAAUAAAUGACGAGGAGCUGCUCGAGGAAGAUCAUGAGGUGGAAGACGACGACGAGGAGGAGGCAGAGUCAGAGUCCUACGAUGCAAGGUCGACAGCAUCCCCAGCGACCAGCACAAGCAACACAAGCUCACCAGCAUAUCAUCAACAGCUCGACGAUUUGGUGGAAGUCGAGCCGACAACCAACAAUGACAACAUCAACGUUGCCUGCAGCUUCAUGCCGAGCACACAGACAACCGAUAUACACAUGCAUCGCUCGACGCUGCGCGACAGUCACAGUUCGUCGCACAGCAGCAGCAGCAGCAGCGCUGCCACAUCGGAGAAUCUAUUUCUACAGGAGCCAGUGUUGACGCUGGACAUUGAUCGUACACCCACCAAAGCAUCCAGCAUACGCAUUAACAAGAGCUUCGAGAUGGCCAACAAUGCGGUAUUCUCAUCGCCGCCUUCAGUGCUCAGCGCUUGCGUGCUGAAUGGUCGCUUCAAUCAGAUUGUCACGCUCACUGGCCACGUGUUGGAUGAGCCAGAUCAGCAACACCAGCAGCAGCCAGGUGUGGAGAUGCAGCUACAACAACAACAGCCGUUGAACGGCUUCGAAUUGGACCAACAUGACAGCAGUUCCUGCGACAGUGGUGUCGCCUGCAGCCUAACGACGGGCACAUCGCCCGCUGUUUCAGGGAUGCGACGACGUAAACCCGCCACGCCGCAUCGCAUACUUUGCCCCUCGCCGAUAAAGACAAUGGCACGUGAUGCCGGCACAUUGCUCAAAGGCGAGACGCAAUCACCGAGAAAAUCGCCACGUAAACUGCAAUCGCAGUUGGUCGCCGCAGUCGCUGCAACGGGCGGCUGCAAGUCGCGACGAAGACUGAAUCAGCCAAAGCCACAAGCGCCUUACCAACAACAGCAACUACAACUGCAGCAACAGCAACAACAAGAAAUUUGCCUGGCCAACGAUGACAUUGUUGUGCUGGAGGACGACGACGAUGAUGACGAUGUGCAUGCAUUGCUGAAGGCGGCAGAGGAGCGUGAGAAUCAGAACAAAGCUAAACUAAUGCUCAAGCCAAACGCUGUACCCGCUGUUGCUGUGAAGCCAAAGCCCAAAACUGCCAAGGCGAGAACAGCAACAGCAGCCGCGGCGGCUGCCAAAUCACAGCCUCUGGCUGCCACAAAUGGGAAUCGCGAGAUGACCGAUUUCUUCCCCGUGCGACGCAGCGUGCGCAAGACAAAGACCGCUGUUAAGGAGGAGAUGAUGCGCAAUCUGGAACAAGCAGUGCUCGAGGAACGUUGCGAAGGUCUGCAGAUACGUCAUUUCACGGGUAAGGGGCGUGGCGUUGUGGCAGAGCGACGCUUCAAGCGUAACGAGUUCGUUGUCGAAUAUGUGGGCGAUCUCAUUGCCAUCAGUGAGGCGACAGAUCGCGAGCGACGCUAUGCGCUGGACGAGAACGCGGGCUGUUACAUGUACUACUUCAAGCACAAAAACCAGCAAUACUGCAUUGAUGCCACCGUGGACACCGGUAAGCUAGGACGCCUCAUCAAUCAUUCGCGCAAUGGAAAUCUAAUGACCAAAGUGGUUGUUAUCAAGCAACGGCCACAUUUGGUUCUGCUAGCCAAGGACGACAUUGAACCCGGCGAGGAGCUCACAUACGAUUAUGGCGAUCGCUCCAAGGAAUCGCUAUUGCAUCAUCCAUGGCUGGCAUUUUGAGCCGCCACUGUGGCAACUAUCAUUACCUAAAUACAUAACAAAUAAUAUUAGCUAAGCAUAUAUUCAUUGAUGAGAGAGAAGAGAGAUACUUGAUAAAGAUGAAGAAAAAAAGAGAUGAAGUCGAUGGAAGUUGUGCAAAUUAACGUCACUUCAUCAUAUUUUUUUUUACGAUUUGUUAACGUUUUUGCUUUGUGUUAAGGCAUCGAUCGAUUGAAUUGAAACUGUUAAACAUUUAGAUGAAGAAGUUGAAGAAAAGCAGUAUGCUGAUGAAUUAUGACAUUAACAUUGCAUUCACAUUUAUAAUGAACGUACAUACUAUUUAUAUAGGUAUAGAGAUAUGUAAUAUUAAAUUGCUAAUUAUUAUAUUAUGUACUAUUUACUGCCAUAGUGCUAUCUAUUUACACCCCGUGCACCUCGCUCGCCAAUCCCAAAAUCCAAAAAAAAAAACAAAAAAACCGCAAAGAGAAAAAACAAAACAAAUUCUGACUAGAUUAGACAAACAUAUGUUUAUAAUUAUUGCAUUAAAAAUCCAUUAAUCCCCUCACAUACAUACAUAUAUUGCACACAUUUAACGAGGCUUUCUGUAGCGUCCUCUGGCAACUCGCAACUUCCUGAGAGAGUGAGAGACACAAGGAUGCGUACAAAUAAGAGACGGCAUUGGCCAUCUACUUGUACCCAUUCACUUCUCCCCUUGAGCUUCCUCAGGCAAUAAGUGAGCCGCAUUGUUCGAUGUAGACUAUAAGCAGGUUUCAAUGACACCACGCCUCCCUCCUUUCAGAAGGAUCACAUAAAAUGAAUCUAAUUAAUAUGCCGCAGCCCUUCCGCCCAUCACCAACGCCUCUCCGUUCCCAUAGAGACGAUCCCCGCCCCUCUAGAUAUUGAUAAGUAAAUAAGUGCAAGAUUGUAUUGCAGACAACAAAACUUGGUUCAAAUUAUCAAAUAAAUAACAAAAUUCAUUUGCAAUUAUGAUUUUUAUUCAUUUUUGUUUUUGUUUAUUUAUAUCUCUGCGCAUAUUUAUACAGUACAGUACAUUA